UACCCGACCAAUCCUGUCCUCUGUUUUCAUGCCGACCGCCGAACCUGUCGGCGAUCCGACACCCGCGGUACCGGUACCCCGAGUCCAGAUUUAAGCUUCUUCUUUGCCGGGCAGGAUCUCCGAAGAUUCCUCUCGUCCGCAGUCGCGCGUGUCAGUGAAUCCGUCCGGCUUACGCGCGAGAUCAUCCUGAGAUCAUCCGAGAUCUUAUUGGGAUCGUUCACCGUCGAACGCCCCGUUUUGAUCUUCCGAACGUAAUUUUGGAGAAGACGCGUCAUGGCUGUGAGAGCUACGAUCUUGGUGCUGAUGAUCACGCUGGCGGUCGUCGCGUCCGCCGGAUUGCUCGAGACCCUGCUCUCGUGGGAUCUGCCGGAGGUCGAGGCGAGAUCUACCACGUCACAAUCCAAGUGCCUCUGUCAGACUUCCGGUUGUCUCUGCUGUGUCGACCUGAAUCUGACAGCCGCGAUCGAUAUAGGUGGCCCGGUUUGCAUCAAUCUCAGGCAGAAGGAGCAGAAUGUGUCCUUGAACCUGUCUUAUCGCGAUAAUCCCGUUCACAAUGCGACGAUAAGGAUCGCGAAUGCGGCCAAUAAACCGACGUGCAUGAACCUCCUGUUAGACGUGGCGCAAAUCUGCGCGAGAUUCACGUCGGUGAAGCAAUCCGAAAUCGGUGGCUACGAUGGUUGCGUAGCAAUCGAGCCGGUUUUAUUGGACAGGGCACUAGCCACUUAUCACAUGGGAUGCUUCAACUUCCAUCAGGGUGUCCGGCAGGUGGAAAUGCCCGCCAUCACGGAGACGACGGAACCCGUCGCCGACACGACGGACGACGAAGACGACAGCUUGAACACGGACGAGUUGAUCGCCGCGGUGUCCGCCAGCGCUGAACAGGGUAUCGCGAUGUUCACCCAAUGGCUGGGUCUCAAUCUCAAUCCGAAGCUGAAUCUGACAGGCAAGGAACCUGGGCCGCAACCUCAAUAUCCGGAUCAUCAGCAGCGAACCCUCGAUUCCUCGAGAUCGGCCCGUAAUAUGGCGGACGACCAAAUUCGAAAAAGCGACGAGCAGUUCAAGCAGCUGCUGAGCGCCCAGGACAACAUUCUGAAGGGCUCGGCGACCAUCGGCCAGUCCAACGGCAUGGAGACCACCUUCGUCUACUCAAAGCCGACCGAUUUGAUGCUCGAGAGAAACGCGACCGAGGAGACCAAGAGGAAACUCGAAGCGGAAGUCGCCGCGCCGCAGCAUCGGGUUGUGGUACCCAAGGACUCGAGGAGAGGAGGACGGGCGUACAACAUUCAUCAACACGUCAAUGAGAUCUGACGACUCGACGACACCUUUAGAGCUUUAGGAUGCCGCACGUAGACUACUUGUACGUAUGCACGCGUAGCUGGGCUGAUGGAGGGAAGAGGAUCGCUUCGUUCGGCUGUUGCUGGUCGAAGAGUCUACAAUUGGUUACCGGUAAUUAAAUCUGCACGAUUGCACGAUCGUGAUAAUAUAUAUAUUGUCAAUCCAUGCAAAGAUAGAUAGAAUUCUGGGAAUCUACGCAAUAAUUGAACUGAUAAAAGCGGAAAUAUAAAUAUCUUGAAAGUAGAGCAAUUAAUAUCGUUAUCGUGAUCGAUAAAAGCAAAGAAAUAAAAUUUUUUUCAUUAUCAGACCAUACGAUAAGAAACCAAUAAAGAAUUAUUAUUGAUUGUUUCUUGAAGACUUCCAGCUACUUAUGUAUAUAAUACCUGAGAAAAUAAUUCACAAGCUUUAUAUUAUAAAAUGCUUCUACAGUUCUCUUUUACUUUGAUAAGAGAAUCCUUUUGGCGCCUAUUUUAGAGCAAAAUUUUAGACAAAAAUAUUUUAAAAAAUAAGUGGAAAGUGCGAUUUCCCUUAUUGUUCGCGAUAUUAUUCCAUUCUGUGGUAUACUGAACAAUAACGGUUAAUGUUUCUCUACUUAAUUAUCAGUUAAUACAUCGACGAGUGUUACUGGGAUUCAUCGCAGAUGGAUUUUGAUUUCGUGAAAGCUGUAUUUACUCGCCCAGCCCCGUUAGUAUGAUCUCUCGUGUUUGUGAUCACGUGUUUGCUCCCGAUUUCACUUGAAAAUCGUUGCUGUUCUCGGGACGAUACUAAUCUUCUCGCGAUAAUUGCUCAUAAAUUCUUGAUUACACGUACGUUCGAUCCGCUAUACGGUUUUAGCGAAAAAAAACAGCUAAUCAGAAUCGCGUUAACUCGCGAUUCGUUUAUCUUCAAAAUAGAAAAGAGGAAUUAAAAUCACGCACGACGACACACGUGGAAUUUCGAUAAAUAGAUGUCGUUCAAUAAACAUAAGCAACCAGCGUUUUUCAUUCUGUGUAUAUUUAUUUAAUUUUUUUGUGCGCAUAUACCAAGCAUAAAAAAUGCAAGACACACAAACGAGAUACAGAGGUUUCACUAAAAAAAAAAAAAAAAAAAAAUUAAUUACAUGCCAACGCAAUCGUUGCAUCAUCAUUUAAUCUUCCGUUAUUUCGCGCGCGGCGAAUUAUCGCUACUAAUUUCUCCGAAUUAAUACCACAAAUUAAAAUAUACAGAACGAGAUAAGAAGCUAAUGUGAUUCCUCUACUUGCUACGAAAUUGCAUGUACUUUUCAUGCGCGAAUUCUUUCUCAACGCGAUGCUAGAGUAAAAUUAUAUACUUGUGCACAUUAUUUAUGUAGCUUAAAAGUUGAAUAAAAGUUGUUUGACGAGGGA